AUGUUCCCCAUCCACUCGCAGAGCUUCUCCUCGAACUGCUCGAACACGGGGCAGGCCUCCGUGUCCGUCGAGACGUUGUUGGCGAACAGGUGCACGGAGUGGGGGACGGCGGUGAAGACGACGCAGUACUGGAAGUGGCUGAGGGUGACGAUGUCUUUGAUGACGUCCACCGUCCUCCCUUUGAGCAAGGUGCUCACCACGAACACGGCUUUGGGCUCGUUCUCGCCGCCCGCUUCGAAGCUCGAAAACUGCUUGACGUUCCUGGCCCCGGCUUCCAGCAAGGCUGCAGCCCCGCCGCUCCAAACACCUUCUCCCACAUGCGGUGCGGCAGCUGUGCGAAAUCCUCAGCGGUCAGCAUCGCUGCUGCUGAACGGCGUCGUCCUCAUGAAUACAAUGACACAAUGCUUCAAUGUUGCUGUGGAAAACAUCGAUGACAUGGAGGCGGAAGGUUCCCACAGUCUUCAUAGUUCUGGGCAAACACCCGAGAAUGCUGAGUUCAGUUCUGAAAUGAGGACAGAUUCAGCUGGCUGCACAAAAGAGGAGGACAAAGCUGUGUUUGAGGAUAUCCAGGAAGUCAAUCAGUCAUACCAGUGUGUGCAGCCGGUAGAGGAAAGGCCAUGGAGGAAAUCUGGGGCUGAUAUCUCAGAUUACUUUAACUAUGGUUUCGAUGAGGAAAGCUGGAAGGCGUACUGUAGGAAGCAUGCCAGACUUCAAACCUUCCAAUCACAUAUCGCUAAAGUCACGAGGGAGCAGGCUAAAUAUGAAGAGGAGGGGUCUAGGCUUUCUUCUACUUCAGGCAGAUCAUCUAAGAGAUCUGGCAGAGCAGCCUCCCCGUAG